UCGCACUACUGGGCCUUCAGGUCUCAAAGAUAAUGGACAAGCCAUCAAAGAUCAGUCUUUGAAUUACAGGUAUAGGACUUCAGGGCAGGACCCAAUAAAUUUGAUCAUGUUUCUUGCAAGCAAUGCACUUCUUAGUUGCAAAAACCGGUAGUGAACUCCAAGACUGCCAUGACUUGUAUUUCUUGCAACUCCAUAACUAACACAUCAAGGGCUCAUAGCGACCACACACACACAUAUAUAUUGGAAGAAAACUAUCUGGUCUUUCAUUAAAGACAAUAAAGCAAGACGAUAAUCAGCUAAUUGGAGAUUCAGGAUGAAAUACUUGAACCUUCUUUCAUUUGUGUUCUUUAUUGUCUUCACCAGCAUCCAGGUUUGCUUGGCAGACUGUGAUAAUCUACAAGACUCUUGUCCAGCAGUUCCUCCUGAAAAGCAGACAAUAUUCAUCAAUGGUCUUCCCUGCAAGAACCCAGAGAAUACAACAGCUCAAGAUUUUAAAACCUCAGAAUUGAGCAACGCUGGCUCUACUGACAACAUUUUCUCUUCGUCCAUGAAGAUUGUGGGUGCUUCAGAGUUUGCAGGUCUGAACACUCUUGGACUCUCCAUCGGCAGAAUUGAUAUUGACGCAGAUGGUCUUAUAACUCCUCAUUAUCAUCCAAGAGCUACUGAGGUCAUCUUUGUCACCAAAGGUAAAUUGGUGGUUGGAUUCCUCGACACCAAAAACCAGCUUUUUCAGAAGUUUCUCUCUGCAGGCGAAGUGUUUGUGUUUCCCAAGGCUUUGCUCCACUUCAUUCUGAAUCGAGGCUUUGAAGCUGCUACAGUUAUCUCAGUGUACAGCAGCCAAAAUCCAGGGUUGGUAUCCUUCACUUCUGCAGCAUUUGAUAACACAUUGGAAUCAAUAGAGAAGCUAAAGAUAAGACUUACAUCACUCUCUGCCUCAGAAAUUCACAACGUUAACGAUUUGAGUUUGUCAGGAUUGGACAACAUUCACUUUUAGCCAUAUCAAACUAUUGUCACGUCAGUUCCAAAAUUAUAGUGGAAUCUUUUUUUUUAACAGUUUUACUAUUUAUUGAAUGAAUGUGUAAGUUUACGUUGGUGAAAUGAGUUCGUGGGCAACGUAAAUCGUUGUACCAAAUUUGUAUUCCAA